CCGGGAUGCGAGCCUCUCCCAGCCCUGAUCCGUCGCCUGCCACCGCCGCCUGGGCGCAUUGGAGGACCAACUGCUCCCCCAGUGUUCCCCCCGUGAAAUGGGGCUGUCAGCCAGGGCAAGAGCAGACCUGCAUUUUCCCUGGGGUAGACCAGGAAAGUCCUGGCUUUGAUCCCUCCCUUUGCAGUUCCACACCUGGCCAGUGACAGUGAGCAGAGUGGUUCACCCAGCAGGGAAGACUGACUCCGGACUCCAGGAACCCAUACCUGCAAAGAGAGACCCAGAUACCAGGAACCAGUACCUGCAAUCCUAGACGAGAUGUCCAGCAAGGGGUCCGUGGUUCUGGCCUACAGUGGUGGCCUUGACACUUCCUGUAUCCUGGUAUGGCUGAAGGAGCAAGGCUAUGAUGUCAUUGCCUACCUGGCCAACAUCGGCCAGAAGGAAGACUUUGAAGAAGCUAGGAAGAAGGCACUGAAGCUCGGGGCCAAAAAGGUGUUCAUAGAGGAUGUGAGCAAGGAGUUUGUGGAGGAGUUCAUCUGGCCUGCUGUCCAGUCCAGUGCACUCUAUGAGGACCGCUACCUCUUGGGUACCUCUCUCGCCAGGCCCUGCAUCGCCCGCAAACAGGUGGAAAUUGCCCAGCGUGAGGGGGCCAAGUAUGUGUCUCACGGUGCCACAGGAAAGGGGAAUGACCAGGUCCGCUUUGAGCUCACGUGCUACUCCCUGGCCCCCCAGAUUAAGGUCAUUGCCCCCUGGAGGAUGCCUGAGUUUUACAACCGGUUCAAGGGCCGCAAUGAUUUGAUGGAGUAUGCAAAGCAACAUGGAAUCCCCAUCCCGGUCACACCCAAGAGCCCCUGGAGCAUGGAUGAAAACCUUAUGCACAUCAGCUAUGAAGCCGGAAUCCUGGAGAACCCCAAGAAUCAAGCUCCUCCGGGUCUCUAUACAAAGACCCAGGACCCCGCCAAAGCACCCAACACCCCCGAUGUCCUUGAGAUAGAAUUCAAAAAAGGGGUCCCAGUGAAAGUGACCAAUGUCAAGGAUGGCACCACCCACCACACCUCCUUGGAACUCUUCUUGUACCUGAAUGAAGUCGCGGGCAAGCAUGGAGUGGGCCGUAUCGACAUUGUGGAGAACCGCUUCAUUGGAAUGAAGUCCCGGGGUAUCUACGAGACCCCAGCAGGGACCAUCCUUUACCACGCUCAUUUAGACAUCGAGGCCUUCACCAUGGAUCGGGAAGUACGCAAAAUCAAGCAGGGCCUCGGCCUCAAAUUCGCAGAGCUCGUGUACACCGGUUUCUGGCACAGCCCCGAGUGUGAAUUUGUCCGCCAUUGCAUCGCCAAGUCCCAGGAGCGUGUGGAGGGGAAGGUGCAGGUGUCUGUCUUCAAGGGCCAAGUGUACAUCCUUGGCCGGGAGUCCCCACUCUCGCUGUACAAUGAGGAGCUGGUGAGCAUGAAUGUGCAGGGUGAUUACGAGCCCAUUGAUGCUACCGGCUUCAUCAACAUCAACUCCCUCAGACUGAAGGAAUACCAUCGCCUUCAGAGCAAGGUCACCGCCAAAUAGACCAGCUGACAAAGAGGAGCUGGGGCCUCCUCACGCUGCAGACCUCCUAGACUUCAGCGCUAAUUGUUGUGAUAAAUUUGUACUUGUGACUUGCUCUUCCCGCACGGCCCAAUCAGGGCUGUGGGCCUCUGGCUUUGUCCCCUGGUCCCCCAUGGCCUGCAGAAGUGGUCCUCGAAGGAAAGGGAUGGGGGGGCAGCUGCAGAAAGAGCUGUAGCAUAACAAUUAAAAAAAAUACAUUA